ACUGAAAAAAUUAAUCAAAUUCCCAAAACUUCCUCUGAACCAUAGAAAUUUUAUCCCAACUUCAACCUGACAUCUCAUGGCAUUUUCUCUAUCAUCCACCUCCACAUUUCCAUGCCAGAAACUUCACUGCUCAGUCUUUCAAUUCACCAACUCUAAUUCCAAGAAUCUAAGCUUCAAAAGCAACCCCAUUACCAAAUGUGAAUCCAAAGAAUCAACAUCAUCAUCAGAGACAAGUCUGUCUGCAAAAAUAAGAAAACUUGAGAUAGGGACUCCAGUAAUAGUUACUGAAUCUCCACAAAUGAUCAAAACUGCUGCUUCUGUGCCAUGCCUGAGAGUUAAUUCUGGGUUAGUGAAGGCUGGUGAUGUGGGAAGAAUUGUGUCGAGAAAGCCUAAGGAUGUAUGGGCAGUUCGUCUCAGCAUUGGAACCUAUCUCAUAGAUGCCAAAUAUUUCAAGCCCUUGGAGCUUCAUGAAUGAAUUAAUUAUGAUUGCAAGGUUCUAUUCCUUUUCGAUUCUGGGAUUCAACCUUCUUUUGCUACUCUCUCAUGCAUGUUAUGUUAAUUUUUUUUAAGGUCAUUUUCUAAUUAUGAUUUACCAUGAACUUUAGAAUCCUUCUUUAAAUUUUGAAAAAAAAAAAAUCCAUUACUUUGUACA